AUGCAAGGAGAUGGUUCGGGAUCGUCUAUGAGAAGGCAAAAUUCUGGAAGGAAAUUGUGUUUGUGUCGCUUAGAUGCUGAAAUAAGACAAGCUUGGACAGACAAGAACCCUGGGUGGCGAUUUUAUGGCUGUCCGCGUUAUAAGGAGAAAAAUGUAUGCAAAUACUUCAAAUGGUUUGAUGUCGAGGAUGGUACAGAGUGGCAAAAAAUGGCUUUGAUUGAAGCCCAGGAUUAG